GAUGGAUGACUUCUGGAGGAACGAUUAUACGGUGGUUACUGGUGAAUGAGUCUGGACUCCUGGACUUCGAGAGACAUAAAAACGUGCAAUAUAUCCACCACAGAGAAUGGGGAAAGGAAUCAUAUUCCAAGACAAAGUCAAUACUUGACUUAUCAAGGCACUCACAUUAACCACUCAUCCAACAAAAUACAAUCUCUACCUAUUCCAUCCACAACAUGGCGCCCGCACCGAUUCUUGAUUCCAUCGUUGACACAAUUGAGCCCAGGAAGGAGACUCUCCCUCUUCCGGAACCAGCACGUCAACGUCUCCUCAAAGCUGGUAUUGACCUCUCCAAGGGUUAUCCAUACCGGCCAUCCGUUCCUCUCUACCUUCAAGAUGUUUACAAAAUCCGCAACGAGGAGCGGAUCUACGAAGAUGCAGGCGCUCGAGCUGACAAGUCAAAGAAGAACCUCCUCUCAGCAGCAACCAAGGUGACCGACUUGACCACACACAUCGGGACCGAGAUCGAAGGUCUCCAACUCAAGGAUCUCACCCCUGAGCAGCGGGAUGAGCUAGCUCUCCUCAUUGCCGAGCGGAGCGUCGUCUUCUUUCGGAACCAGGACCUCGCUCCCCAGCAACAGAAGGAGCUGGGCGAGUGGUUCGGCGAGGUCGAAGUUCACCCUCAGACCCCCCAAGUCCCCGGUAUCCCAGGCGUGACAGUCAUCUGGCCAGACCUCUUUACCCUGGAGAGACCGGCCGACUUCCGUCGUCCUGGCGGUGCCUCGAAUUGGCACAGCGAUCUCGUUCAUGAGCGUCAACCGGCGGGUAUCACCCACCUGCAUAACGAUACGGUUCCGCCGACCGGCGGAGACACGCUCUGGGCGUCUGGUUACAGCGCUUAUGAGAAGCUCUCGCCGGAAUUCCGCAAGAUCAUUGACGGCAAGUAUGCCGUGUACCGCUCUGCACACCCAUAUCUUGAUCGGGAGAACCCCGAUGCAGGACCCAAGUACAUUGAGCGCACACAUCCGCUUGUGCGAGUUCAUCCGGCCACCGGGUGGAGGGCGUUGUGGGUGAAUCGGUCAAUGACGGUGAGGAUCGUGGGGCUUGAUAAGGCCGAGAGCGAUGUCAUCCUGAACUACUUGUAUGAUGUUUACGAGAAGAACGUCGACAUACAAGUGCGCUUCAAGUGGACACCGGGGACGAGUGCAUUGUGGGAUAAUAGAAUUACCAUCCACAACGCCAGCUGGGACUAUGGUGGCAGGCACCCCCGUCACGGAACCCGAGUGACGUCUUUGGCUGAGGUCCCUUACUAUGAUCCAAAUGCCCCAACACGGCGGCACGCGCUGGGGUUGUUGGAUAAUCAAGAGAAGAGUGAAUUGGGAGUGGCUGAGUAGUAGUGGCAGAAAAUGAAGUAGUUGUGUUCAGAGUUGUUCAGUAGCUUUUG